GUCUCUUAAAAAAAAAACUAAAAUAAAUAAAUAAAAAAAUACAUAAGAGGAUAGAACAGCUGCUAAACAAAGCACUUUAAGAAAUGGUAAGCACCCCAUACGUGUCUAUUUCGUAUUGGGUAAUGCUUUUUAAGCGAAAAGGAAAAAAAAAAUUGGUCUCUCUUCGUUGAUGUUUCCAAAAGUUCUUUUGAAUCGUCGUCUGUGGAGACAGAGAGAAUAGACAAUUGGAUCAAAGUGAAAAGAAAAAGAUGAGUUCUGAUUUUUAUCCGAAGGGGGUUUGCAAGACAAAUCGAAUCGUCUUUUGGAGAGAGAGAGAAGAGACGAUUGGAUUCAAACUGAAAAGAAAAAGAUGAGUUCUGAUUAUAGUCGCCAAAGCUGUGGCGAGCAAGUACGGUUGGCGGAGACCAACGCAAACUCACACAUGAUGUUCUGGUUAACCGCGUCGGCGCUCGAGCUCCCGAGGUUCCCGACGCUGAUCGUGCCGCGUAGGACGAGGAUGGUGACGAAUCCGCAGAGGAUCGUGAUCUUGAUGAGGCGAGAGCAGAGAGCAGAGAUUAACUGAGGCAUCGUUUGCGUUUCAAUCGUGAACUGAAAUUGGGAUUUGGUUUUGGAUGCAGAGAGCAGAGAGCAAUCUUUGGUUUUAAAAGAAAUGGUAUCAUUGCUUCUUGAUGGAAAAAUAAUGUAUCCGAAGGUGCGCGAGCAAGUACGGUCGGCGGAGACCGUUUAUAGUCGCCGGAGGUGCGGCGAUCGCGGUGUCUGUUUUGUUGAUUGGACCGUGCGCCAGGACUUUGUGGCUCUUUCUUCUCCAAAUAUACUCCCGCCAUUGAUAUAUGGAGCAUAGGAUGUAUAUUUGCAGAAAUGCUCACGGGGAAGCCGCUGUUUCUUGGGAAGAAUGUGGUGCACCAAUUGGAUAUUAUGACUGAUUUGCUUGGUACUCCUUCACCCGAAGCUAUCUCAAGGGUUAGUUGCUAUUAAUCAGUUCUAAAGUUCAUCGUUUUUUAUUUGUUUCCUACAAUGUCUAAGCGUGGUGGAGUUUCUUUCAACUCUUACGAAUUAUGUGUUAAAUAUUUAUAAGAUAUGAAUAUUUGUUUACUUGUGUUCUCCAGCCAUGGUUUUAUGGCUGGUAGUCUAGGCCUAGUUCCUGUCAGAUUCAUAUAAAUUGGUAGGAGACCUCAGGUCACAGGUAUGUCAGUAUGUGAUCCGCCACAUAUGAGAAUAAAAGUGUUAUCACAUUGUAGAAGGAGACUUUGUAGCUCUUUUGUGUGGUACGUAUACUUUAUUAAGUUUUUGGGUUUUGUAGGAACUCCAUGGACAGAGGAAGAACAUCAUCAAAGCAUCUCUCUUUCAUUUCAAUUGGCAAGUGAUUAGUAUACUUUUCUUUUAAUGCUUGUUAGAAAUUGUUUAGGUUGGGACUUAAAUGGAAUUUAGUGUCAUCUAGUUGUUCGUUGAGUAGAAGUGCUUUGUCAGGUUAGAUGUUAAUGCUUCUGCUUAUGCUUGAUAACCUGUAAUGAAAAGAACACUUCCACCUCAACACCAAGUUAAUGCUUCUGUUUAUGCUACCUAUUGAUGUAUUGUUGGUCACUUCAUAAGUUAAAAAUAUGUAUGGUGUAAUGAAAAUCACAUUGUGCUUACUCUCUUCUCUUCUUUUUCUUUUUGUUUCUCUUCACCAAUUUCACUAAGAUUUCAUAUUAUGUUAUAUUUGUUUAAAUUUUAUAAAAACUAAUCAUUCAACUUAGAAAAAAUAAAAAUUAAGAACCUCAAAGAGGUUCUCCCAUUAGACCAUGCUAAAUUAAAUUACAUUACUAGAGGUUCUAAACUUCACAAAUUACACAAUUAAUUAUUAAACUAAUCAUUUAUAAUGAAACUUCUUAAGCGAUAAUGUGUUUGAAGAAAAGUCACUAGUUUUAGUCAAAAAAAAAAGAAAGAAAAGUGACUAGUUUAUCUUCCAUCAGUUGAUUCCUAGUUUUUCCACGCAUUAACUGUUGAGUAUUACUGGUCAACAGUCAAGGUCUUCCGCUUUAUCAUUCUACAUUCUUCUACUUCCAACGUGAAGCGCUUUGAUGUCCCCUUCCAACAUUUGUCCAUGUCGUAUUGUUCCACGGGCUAAAUGUCACCUCUCAAUUUGUUAAUAUCAACUCUUUGGACGACCGGCAUUGAGAAGAAGCUACUAAUUUUCCAACACUAUCAUCUUAUCAAAUAGUUUGUGUUGACAUUGACUUACUACGAGUGGGUAGGUAAAUACUAACUUCUUUUUUUUUGAACAAUUUUUUUUUUUUUGAACAAAUGUAAAUAUUAACUUAGAACGAAAAUUUUGAUCUCGAGAAUAUUAAGUGUUUGAAGAAAAGUCACUAGUAUCUUUCAUCAUUUUAAUAUCUUGUUUCUCACGCAAUGUUGAAUACUACUAUUCCACCUCAAAAAGCCUAUUUAACGGAUACGACCGGUUGAUUACUCAGUACUCACAUGCACUAACACAAUGGUUUCUCUAUCGACUUCACUCAAAUCACUAUCUCCCUUUUCUUCAGCGAUACUUUCCAAAAGAUCACCAUCAAAACACAACCCUAACAAUCUCAUCUUCUCUUCUUAUAACAAACCUAACUCAAAACUCCAUUUUACCAAGAGAUUAGUUGUUGCUUGCAAGAAACCAACCUUCACUGCCGAGGAUGCACUGAGAGAGACAACCCUAACGGAGGAAAGCCACCGGAAAGUACCAUUUUCAGAGGUUGUGAGAAAGAAGCGAGUAUUUUGGGAAAGGAGAUGGGAUUAUUGGGAUGUGAGUAGAGCAAUAGGGAUACUUGGUGUUCAUCUUCUCAGCCUAUAUGCACCUUUUCACUUCAACUGGUCGGCUUUUCGUGUAGCGGUUGGUCUCAGUGUCAUUGCUGGAACCGGGAUCACGUUGUCUUAUCACCGGAAUCUAUCACACCGGAGUUUUGUUCUGCCUAAAUGGCUAGAAUAUCUCUUUGCUUGGUGUGGCACACUUGCUUUUCAGGGAGAUCCAAUAGAGUGGGUGAGCAAUCAUCGUUACCAUCACCAAUACAGUGAUACAGAUCGUGAUCCUCAUACUCCUCUCCAUGGUUUUUGGUUUAGUUAUUUCCUAUGGAUCUUUGACACUGGUUCUAUUCUCCAAAAUUGUGGAGGGGAACAAAACGCAGCCGAUUUAGUGGGACAACCUUUUUAUAGGUUUCUACAAAGAACAUGGAUUUUGAACAACCUUGCACUUUCCCUUCUCCUUUACAUCUUCGGUGGCUUUCCUUUCCUCGUAUGGGGAGUGGGAGUUAGAACUGUAUUUGUGCUACAUUCCACAUUUCUGAUGACCGCAGCUUCGCAUACAUGGGGAACGCAGCCAUGGAAAACUGGAGAUCUCUCCAAGAACACUUGGUGGCUGGCGAUAGUAACACUAGGGGAGAGCUGGCACAAUAACCAUCAUGCAUUUGAGUUCUCGGCUAGGCAUGGACUUGAGUGGUGGCAGAUUGACAUUACUUGGUACUUUAUUCGUCUUCUCCAAGCUCUUGGACUGGCCACAAAUGUUAAGUUAGUUACCGAAGCUCACAAGCAGAGAUUCACUUGUGAUGGAUGAAUAUUAUAUUUGCAUGGUCAAGUCUUCUCGUAUAAGUUAAGGGAAGAGGUGUGUUUGAAGGAAUACGAUACCAUGUACUAUAUCUAUAUGGGGUGCGUUUGAGGAAAUACAAUACCAUGUAUGUACUGUACUAUACUUAUAGUUAUAUGAGAAGUUGAGCAUGCACUGUUUUAUAUUUAUCAAUAUGUUAUAUAAUAUACAAGUUGAGCAUGCAACUUUAACUAUCA